AUGACUGUGCUGCUACCCUCCUUCAUCGCCAAUGGCAACUGGUUCCUACUAGCUUCGAUUGUAUCUGUAGCCGCUCUUAGUGCGUUAGUACACCCUCAGUGGCGCCUUCAUUUUGGUGACGUAUCGCGACGGAGCACCAGGCGUUUUUUUUUACUCUGGGGAUUGCUUAUAUCGACAGCAAUACUUGUGGUAUUAAGUCUAGCGCUCGAAGUGUAUCACUCACGCGGCUGUCCAAAUAGCGUCGUGUUUCACCAUGAGACUGAGAGCUUAGCACGUUUCGUGUAUAAGUUAUGCACGCAAGCUAAAUUGCAGUAUUGGGUGGCAUUUGGCAACCUUUUGUUUGUUAUGCGCGGCCAAAGCAGUAUACCUGUUGGAGACACUGACUCGGACAUUGGCGUAGUUAAGGCUGAGUUCAUGCAGCAUUAUGGUAGCGUUAGUAAUUUCUCGACGGUUAUACAACACGAGGCUUAUGCGCAACUUCGAAAAUCUGUUCAUGUCGUUUACCACAUGGAACGGGAACUUGUCCAAAUUUACUUAAAUGAAUCGGCAAAGGGCUCACAUGCUGACAUUUGGUUGUAUCGAGAAGAACGUGAUGAACAAACUGGCAAAGAGUGGCUAGUUAAUGAUGAUCGCACGAUUAGAGGAAAGAAAUUAUUGCGCGACCAAGUUGUACCAGUACGACAGGAGCCAGCGUCUUUCUUAGAUGUGCCAGUGACCGUGCCGAGAAAUGCAAGUUACGUGGCAAGAGCCGAGUAUGGAAGUGAUUACAUGAUACCAAUCACUAUGAGAUUGGAGUGCAUCGAAAACAUAGUCAACGGAUACACAUUUUAUAAAUCAUCGUUUGGCAUGAAAGCUCGUUACGUGACUAUGAUCGUAGUGAUGGUAGCAGCGAUAACUUUGCUAGCAGCAAAUUAUAUCCCACCUCUGAGUAAAGCAUUGCACAGGAAGAAAGAACGUUCGAUAAAAGGUGACUUUGGUUUGAUAGAUGCAGCAGGAUGGAGAUCGGACAAAGACUUUGCCUAA